AUGUUUGACAUUCCAAAUCAGUUUAUCGUUUCCUCACGACUAUCAACACUUGACUCACAGGACAUACUCGCUAUUCUUCAGACAGCGCAAUCCAAAUGGGAUGAACGCAUUUUACUUCAACGAAUGAGAAAACACCCAAAGACACCGCUAAUAUGUAUUGGCAUAUCCAACCCACAAGAACUUGAACGUGUGAUUGGCCAUGAUAUACCUGUAAUUCAUAUACAACCUGAUUGUAAAGCGCUUCAACGUGUACGGGAACGUCAUGAUCGGUAUCAAAGCUGUAUAAACCAACUGCUAUGGAUUGGCACAAGUUCAUUAUGGGGAUUAUUAGGUUAUAGUAUCCAGAUCAUAGUAGGUCCUUCGUCAGACACGGUAGCUACUGCAAUACAAUUAAAUCCAACUGUCUACUCGGCUGGAUAUCAACUCUAUGGCUUUGGACAAACCAUAUGGAACAAAUUAGCAGUAAAGAAAUUCAUGCAAAGGGUACCUCCCAAGUGGUUAGGUAUCCUUUGUGGCAGCAGUGUCUGUUUGAGUCUAUGGACAAUGUAUCUUAUGCGUCGAAUAAAGCAGCAUUACAAAUUCAUUAAAGAUCAUGAGCAUGUGCUUCUGAUGAGGAAAGACGUGAUGAGUGCAAGAGGUCAUUGUUGGAUGCAGCUGUUCUUGCCAGUGUGUGCAUUCAUUGGCUACUCAUUUGGACAACUCCAAUAA